AUGACCAAAAUUUGUGUGUUGAUAGCUCUGAUGUCGAUUCUGGGCAUCGCCUUCACAAUGCCAGUUGUUGAAAACGAUGAAAACGCUGCUAUUUUGAGCUUCAAAGAAAAAGUGAUCGAAGAGAUCAGAAAGGUUCCCCCGGAAGUCAUGGAGAAAAUACGCACCGAUUUGGAGAAACAGCUUUCACAAAAUGGUCGACUUGGCCACCAAAUGAAACCGGACAUUUGGAGCGAUAUGAGAGACAGAGCUGUUGAAGAAGUUGUCACUGGGAUUGUGGUCGGUGAUUGUUAUAUUUUAAGAGCUAAACUA